AUUUUCCAAGUUCGUGUUCGUGAGGAGAACAAGACCCACAACUUCCUAUCGGCGGACGUGAUGAAUCAGAUGUUCUCCAAUAUCACUAGUAUAUACCAGUUCCAUAAUAACUUCCUCCUACCCCAGUUAGAAAACAGGAUGAAGAACUGGGAAUCUGAACCAAAAAUUGGAGACCUGAUGCGAAGCAAUGCUCCCUUUUUGAAGCUCUAUACAGAAUAUGUGAAAAACUUUGAUCACGCCAUGAACCUGAUCAAUGUUUGGUCGGAGAAGUCUUCAAAAUUUGCAGCCAUCAUGCAGGAAAUACAG